GUAACGACAGCGGGCAGCGCAGACACAGCGCAGAGCGAUCAGUGCGGGGACUCGUUUGUUCCGCGUCCACCACCAGAGCCCCGGUCGGAGCCCACGGCGCAUGCGCGGAGCAGCUGCAGUGUUGUCCAGGAACUCGGAGACACUAUUUUAAGGAUGACCACUUCAUGGAGUGACAGACUGCAAAACUAUGCAGACUUGCCUGCCAACAUGGAUCGCCUGUCAAUGAAAAAAUAUAGGAGGGAGCCCUACCACAGAAUCUUUGUCAAUAGAAGCUUGGCAAUGGAGAAGAUUAAAUGCUUUGGCUUUGAUAUGGAUUACACUUUAGCAGUGUACAAGUCACCUGAGUAUGAGUCGUUAGGCUUUGAGCUGACAGUGGAAAGACUGGUCUCCAUCGGUUACCCACAAGAGCUGCUUAGCUUCGUUUAUGAUCCAUCAUUUCCCACAAGAGGCCUUGUGUUUGAUACUAUGUAUGGAAACCUACUGAAGGUUGAUGCUUAUGGAAAUAUCCUGGUCUGCGUUCACGGAUUCAACUUUCUCCGAGGGCCUGACAUCCGCGAACGGUACCCAAACAAGUUUAUCCAGAGGGACGAUACAGAGCGUUUUUAUAUCCUUAACACACUCUUCAAUCUACCAGAAACCUACCUCUUUGCCUGCCUUGUGGAUUUCUUCUCCAACUGUGACAGAUAUACAAGCUGUGAAACUGGCUUCAAGGAUGGAGACCUGUUUAUGUCCUAUAAGAGCAUGUUCCAGGACGUCCGGGACGCCGUUGACUGGGUUCACUUCAAGGGAACCUUGAAGGAGAAGACUGUUGAGAACUUGGAGAAGUAUGUUGUGAGAGAUGGGAAGCUGCCUCUUCUCCUCAGCCGCAUGAAUGAGGUAGCCAAGGUUUUCUUGGCGACCAACAGUGACUACAAAUACACAGAUAAAAUCAUGACCUACCUGUUUGACUUCCCCCAUGGCCCAAAGCCUGGUACUCCCCACCGACCCUGGCAGUCUUACUUUGAUCUGAUCCUGGUGGAUGCCAGGAAGCCGCUGUUCUUCGGAGAAGGAACGGUGCUCAGACAAGUGGACACGAGCACAGGGCGUUUAAAAAUAGGAACCUACACCGGACCUCUGCAGCAUGGAAUAGUGUACUCUGGAGGUUCCUCAGACAUUGUGUGCGACUUACUUGGGGCCAAAGGGAAGGACAUAGUUUAUAUUGGGGACCACAUCUUUGGAGACAUCCUGAAGUCCAAGAAACGUCAAGGCUGGAGAACGUUCCUAGUUAUACCCGAGCUGGCGCAGGAGCUGCACGUCUGGACCGACAAGAGCUCAUUAUUCGAGGAACUGCAAGGCCUGGACAUUUUCUUAGCAGAGCUUUACAAACACCUGGACAGUAGCAGUAAUGAGAGACCAGACAUAAGCACUAUUCAGAGAAGAGUCAAGAAAGUGACACACGACAUGGACAUGUGCUACGGCAUGAUGGGUAGCCUCUUUCGUAGCGGCUCCAGACAGACUCUGUUUGCGUCCCAAGUGAUGCGUUAUGCCGACCUGUAUGCUGCUUCCUUCAUCAACCUGCUGUAUUACCCCUUCAGCUACCUCUUCAGAGCUGCACACGUACUAAUGCCCCACGAGUCGACGGUUGAGCACGCACAUGUGGACAUAGACACAGAGUCACCGCUGGCCACUCGCAACCGCUCCCACUGCAGUAACUGUCAUGAGCUGGAGUGCAAACGCAACCAGCUGACCCGCUCCUUCAGCGAGAUCAAACCCCCCAACCUGUUCCCCCAGACCCCCCAGGAGAUCACUCACUGCCACGACGAGGAUGAUGAUGAGGAGGAGGAAGAAGAAGAAGAGUAAUAAGAUGGACCUGCAGAGAUGAGCCAUGUUUCUUUCUUGUCGCCUUAUAUUUCCCAGUAGACUCUGAUAGUGAUUAGUGAUCUCCAGUGAGGACAAGCAAACGCCUCUUCAGUACGUGUGUGUGUGUGUGUGUGUGUGUGUGUACAUGCACGCAUAUAUACUAUAUACAUGCUAUAUAAUAUAUAUAUAAUAUAAUAUAAUAAUAAUAAUAAUAUAAUGAUAAUAAUAUCAUCUCCGUAUUGUGUCUUUUGUGGACACACUAAUGGGAGAUUUGGGAGUACAAGUAAUGGACCAGACGCAGAAGAUAACGUGUCACAAGAGUGUGUGCAUGCUUGGGCCUUGAAGCGAAAAGCUCGUGAACAGCUCACACUCGAGCAAACAUGAUACAAAAUUAAUUUUAACACCUGCUGGUGCAUUGAAAUAGCUGUAGUCAUGUUUACAUGUCAUUUUAACUAUCAAACAGAAUAAUAAAUAGCGCGCAGUAAAAUCAAAGGAUAACGCCUUUCUCUGUCAGAGCUGAAAAAGAUUCACAUUUUAAAGCAGACUUUUAUUAUUCUACUAAAACAUCAUUGGGAACAUUAGGUUUUUUUUUUAUCAUUUGUUAUCAACUCAUUAUAGCAGUAUAGCUAUAAACCUGUACGUAAGGGCCUGCAUUUAUCUGCCAACAUAGCCUGAGUCAGACUGUAGCAUCCCUGGGUGGCAGUACGGAUGUGUUGUUUGAAACCAGCGGACACACAGGCGCACUGAAGCACAAGCUGGUGUUGUACCAAUCAAUAUGCAUUUCUGUCAGAAGUCUCGUCGGGAGUAGAUGUUGUGGUGCAUGACUGGGGCGGUUGAGCUGACUUUUUGUUACCAAGCAACAAUGAGGACUGAGUACUGUAGCUGUAUUUUAAUCCUUAGUCUCUAUGACAACCUUGUCGCCCAGUAGUGUUUCUGUAAAUAGCUCCAAGACAUGCAGUAUUUUGUUUUUCAGCUUGUCCUUUUUAGAAGAUUGAAUGAGUAUUGCAUUUGUGUAAGGGUGAUGGGAGGUAUGGUGCAAGACAGAUUUGCUCAACUUGGAGCAACUUGGAGAUAUGUGAAGUGAUUUUUUUUUUUUUUUGUCAAGUGUUUAAUGAGAGCAUGAAGGUGGAAAGAAAUGACGCUUUUUUUUUAGUGUAAAGCUUGGCUCGGGAGUUAGCUUUAGCUUGCUGUCUAUAACCUCCUUGGUUUUAGGAUCUUUUCACUCUGUCAGCGAUGCAGAGCCAUCAGUGUCAUUCAUGGUAGAAGACAUGCUGACAAAGUGUGUACAGUAUUCUUCUGUUUGCCUUUUAACACUGUGAAGUGAUCUUUUCACAGUAGUGUGUGUCAGGCUGUCGUACACAGCCGCUUUGUUUUAAUCUUGCUCUCAAAAAGAAGUGUGAAGCCCUCAAAUGUUUUUCAUUUUAGUCGAUCUCAUGAAAAUAGUUUGUGUGUAACAUUUAAGUUGAUUUAACUCAAGAAACAUGAUGCAAUAUUUUCAACUUUGAUUUCGUUAGUUUGCAAAUUUGGUAAAAAAAAUAAUAAUUAGACAUUUCCUCAUUCACUCAGUGGUUUUCCAUAUUGACUUGAAGAUGUCCAGGGUGGAGCGCAGGAGGAGGAGGCAGCGCAGCUGUCUACGUUACCUCAGAGCCAUUUCUAGUCGUCGUCCUUACACUCCGCUGUAUCACAACACAUUAUCACAGUUUCUGCAGCAGCCUAGAACUAACAUCUAACGGUCACUGAAGUCCACCUGCAGAUGUGGAAGGGAAGUUUGUUGUAUUCAUUUGGCUGCAAUCUGCAACUUCAAUGCUAAAUGUUGCUAAACACUAUGGAUCAGACCUUUUUUUUUUUUUUAAUAUUCUUAAAUGAGAGCAAAGUUAAAAUAACAAAUGCUUUAGACUUUCAGACAUGAAUUCUCAACAACUCUGAAAGCUGCAUUUUUACCUUAAAACCAUGUGUACAUGGCGCAGAUUAUCUUCUUUUUAUCUCAACAUUUCAUUGGCUUCUGAAGCCAACGUUUUAAAUCAUUUUUGCAUUUUGACUCCUUGAAAUCUGCUUUCAGGGCUUUAAAUCAACCAGAUAUCACCAAAAAGAAUUGCCUGAACUUAAAACCAGUGACUCUUUAUUUUCUCUCCCACCUUUGUCUUGAGCCUUGACAUACUGUUUUUGUCUUGUUAAUGUUGAACCGGCCUUGAGAUUUAGGCCACAAAAGGGAAGGAACAUGCCGUCUAUUUUUUGCAUAACUUUUGGUUUUCUUUGAUGUGGAGUGGGACGAAAGAGAAUCAGUUUAACUGCAUUUUCUUCGUGGAAGUUCAUUGAUUAGACCUUGUUGGACGCUGAGAAAGUCUUUUACAACCAUUUUUUUCCUUUCUUUUAUGGAUUUGUUCUCCUUUUUUUUAAUUUUCUUUUUACAAGUGAAAUAUUUGUAUCCUAUACUGAUUUUUGUGAUUUUUCUUAUUUUCUAAGUAGUAAAACUGGAGAUGCUACCCAGGGCAGCUGAAAAGUUAAUGGAUAAGAGUUGACUGUAUAAUUUCCAUAUGCAUUCACAAAUAUUAUUCAUUCUGCUGCAACGGUUACAGUAGCAUCGGUUUUACUGCUAUGUCUUUUUUUCUAUUUCAUUUGUCACUGUAGUUUUACACAAACGGAGAGGAAAAAAGCUGUAAACCUGUACAAAAGAAAAGAAAAACUUUAAACCGAAGGGAAAUGUGAAAAGCAUGUUGACUACAAUCACUAAUAUGUUACUUGUGAUCAACACCAUGGGGUUCUUAUUUUUCUAAGCAAUUUUUUAAAAUGGUCUCGGUUUACAGAACUGUAAAUAGACCUUUCUAUUUCCUUUUCUUAUCUUUUUUUUUUUCUUUUUUCUCCAAAUAACCUUAUUGUUGAUUUUCUACAGUACUGCAUAAGUCUGUAAGCCCGAUGUUAGUACUAGUUGAGGCCCGGUGAAAUGGUUACACCGCUUUCAACGGUUCUUAUCAGUUAUCAUGUUGCCAUGAAUUAAUCUCCAUUAACAGGCUCAAUAACAGCCACCUGUCCUUUUUCUAAACCAUUGUGAUCCUUUGUUUUAAUCACAACAGUUUGUUUCUCUUGACAGUGUUUUUUUGUUUCCAGAAAUUAUCCUUCAGACUGUACAUUGGUUUAAAAAAAAAAAAAAAAAUCUAGAAUAAAGCUAGUUUGUUAUA